UUUCUUUUUUUGAAAAUGAUUUGGCUGGUCACUGAUGAUGUAUUGCAAUCGAUUUUAGCAUCUACUGAUUUGUGAUUCAGAGUUUUAAUUUUGUGUAAUUCUGUUCUGCAAUAUCUGUGGACAGCUUUUUUCUGGUAUUCUAGAGAUGCAUUUUUCUAAGAUGGCUUGUGGAAAGUACUAAAUUUUGCCAGAAAAGCUUCUUCUCAUAAAGUGAAUCGACGAGUUACAAUUAUUGAAACUUUUGUUUCCCCCUAAAUUAGAACAACCCAAACUUGUAUAUGAGUAUAUCUCAUUAUUAUUAUUACUGCUGCUAUCUUUUUAAACAUGAGAAGGAGAAACUUGCAAUAGGUUGUGCUCCGUUUGCAGUAGCCGAUAAACACGUGGGAGAGGAUGUGACUGGGAAGUAGCAGGGAGAUGGGACUUUCAGUUUGCUGGAGAAUGUGCGGAUGACAUUCUGUGCACGUUGCUGCUUUAUUUUGGGUAUAUUUGCAUGGGAAGCUUGAUAUACCUCCCUGACAUUAACGAGGACGAGAUGGCUAGGAAAGUUGUAAUGCAUAAGAGACAUGGUGGUGGCUUGGAAGCUCCUCGAAAUAGUAUGGAACUGCCAAUUGAGACAUCCUAUGGAUUAUAUGCCGCAAGAGAUAAUAUACUGUAUGCUCAUCACAUGACAAAGGAAUCAUCUGGUGAGGACUACUAUUCCACUGAGGCUCCAAUAAAGAAAUUAAUCUGUGAAGAGAUUUCUAAAAGACCUAGUGCGAGAUCAAAAUCACCAAGUGUAGUGGCUCGUCUCAUGGGAGUUGACGUGUUACCUUUUGAAUCAAAACCCGGGGCACAACUGACUGAUAUAAGAAAUGGAAGUCCAAUGGACAAGUUGAUGGACAAGAAUCUCUCGAAGAAGGUUUCAGUUAGUCAUAUAAUUUCUAUCCCCAAAUCCAAUUGCUCCCAGCAGCUGGAAGUUGAUCCCAUUGGUCAUUAUGUAGAUGGAUAUCCUUAUCAGUUCAGCAGCCGGAUGAAGUCAAACAGACCUAAACCUAGGGAACAUCCUCAAGAAGAGGAGCUUCAGAAGUUCAAGCAGGAAUUUGAAGUAUGGCAAGCAGCACGAUUUAAUAAAUGUUCUAAUUUUGUAAAAUUUAACAGUCCUCCACCCGAGCUGCUUGCCCAGAAAGAACUCAACAGAGAAAAGAUGUAUCGUUAUGCUACUUGUUAUAGAACCACUAAGUGUGAGAGCCUAAGGGAACAUGAUGAUCUAUCAGAACAAAAUGAUUCGUGCAACGUGCUUGACUAUGAGAGGGUUAAAAAGAAAAAUUUACAUUAUUCGGAUGAAGGAAAGGAAUCUUUACAUCCAAAUAGAGGGAUAGGAACAUACUUUAGGGCCUCUCAACUCAUGAAUUCUGGACAGGCACUUGAUAUUGUUUCAGCUCCUUCUAAGAUUGUGGUUUUAAGGCCUGGUCCUGACACUACAAAUAUCAUUGGCGAUUCGUGGGGCAAUACUCCCAGCACUUCAGAGGAGGUAGGCACUAUAGAGAAUUUUCUUGAAGAGGUGAAGGAAAGGCUAGAGUCUGAGUUGCAAGGUAAAUGUUCUAAGAGGAGCACAACUGUGAGAGGACGAGGGAUCGAGACCCCUUAUUGGGAAAAACCGUCAAAAUCAAGAGAAAUAGCUCAGUGUAUCGCUCAAGAGGUGAGAGAUAGUGUCUCAAGGGACCUUGGGAUGAAUUUACCUCGUUCACAGUCUACAAGAUCAUACAGAAGUGAAAUUCAGAAUGGUAUAGGUUCUCCUGAGUUUAUCAACAGAGAUACGAGGAAAUUCUUAGCAGAGAGGUUGAGAAAUGUUCUUAAGGGAGAAAGACAUCGUGAAGCUGUCCAUACUAGUUCAACGUUUUCCAUGUCAGAUUUUGAGAAGGGUAAACCCGGACACUUAAGAAGCACAUGGACUGGCAAUAAAAUGAGCCAUCAUGAUAGUUUCACAAAUGAAUUACAAAAGCGUAGUUGCUCUUUCAGAGAGGAGCCCGAUCAAGUUGGGAUGCCCCACCAGACAGAUAUGUCUCCGAGGAACCUUGUGAGAUCUUUAUCGACUCCAGUUUCAGUGUCAGGAAGAUCAUUUGGAAAUCUUCUUUUGGAGGAUCGCCAUGUACUAACUGGGGCACAAAUCAGGAGGAAGCAUGAAGCAACUGACAAGGUCUCUAUGAACAUUAAAAAACAGAAAAAGGAUAAAUUUAACAUAAGGGAAAAGGUUUCGAGCUUUAGAUACAACUUGACACUCAGAGCGAGACUGUUCCGUAGGAGAGUUAAGUCUAUGGAGAGAUCUGGUCAAAACAAAAACAACCUCUUGAAAGAUAUUCCAAAUGGACCAACAGCGACGAUGAGUUUCUUUGACACACAUGGGAAUUCCACUGAAGUGCCACCCAGCCCUGCAUCCGUGUGCAGUAGUGUUCAUGAUGAGUUUUGGAGGUCAAAUGACUACCUAAGUCCUAUAUCAUCAUCAGGUGGACAUCAACUGGAGGAUAGCGACGUGUCCAAUGUAUUCAGAGAAAUAAACUCAAACUUGAAUGAGCUGCGGAGGAAAUUAGAUCAAUUUGAAGGAGCUUGCCUAGAGGAAACUAUACACGAACCACAUGCUGAAGUUGAAACAAAUAUAGAGGACCAGUCUGAAGCCUAUGUUAGAGAUUUGCUAAUUGCUGCUGGUUUGUAUGAUGAUUCAUUUAGUCGAUCUCUGUCAAAAUGGAACCCACUUGGUAAGCCUAUCAGCUCCCAGGUCUUCGAAGAAGUUGAAGAGACCUAUAAAGAAAGCAGCAAGGUUAAAGAUCAUGCAGAAAAAAUAAAUCACAGGAUGAUAGUUGAUUUGUUAAAUGAAGUGCUUCCAUCUAUACUUAGAGAACCAGUGAACAUAUCUAGAUACAUGGAGAAGGCUAUUGGGGUUACACGUAAGUCUCCAAAUGGAAGGAUGUUACUAUCUCAAGUAUGGAAUAGUAUUCGCGUGUAUGUACAUCCCCCCGUAGACAGGUGUUGCUAUGCUCUUGAUAACGUGUUGGCCCUGGAUCUGAAAUCUACCCCGUGGUCCAGAUUGAUUGAUGAGGAUGUAAAUGCUCUGAGUCGAGAUAUCGAAUGCUUGAUCGUUGGGGAUAUGAUUGAGGAAAUGGUGAAGGAUAUGCACUCAUAACUUCAAGUGUAGAUUCUAAAGUGGAAUGCUGUAUGUUAAUGACAAGGUGUAUAGAGUGUUGAUAGGGAGAUUAUUGUUUGGGCACUUGCUCUAUUUUUCGUUUUAUCAGAUACCUUUAUUCGUUCUUCAAUUUUGUAUUGUAAUCUUAUAAUGGUGAGGAUCCGGAGAAGUUUGAGGUGAUCUCAGGAGUUACUAUUUUUUUUUCCCUUGUAAUGUUGUAUUGUUCUUGAAAGGAAUGGAAUAUCAUAGAGCAAUUUAUUGCGAAGAAACUUUAUUCA